ACGUAAUUCAUGCUCUAACGAGUUUUAUAGUAGUGAUCACAUACAGAUACUCUUAUAUACAUGUAUAUGUCACAUAUAAUCCAUAAAGGAACAACUACUGUACACUUAAUGAUACUAUGAAUAUUUUGAGGAGCUAUGAUAUUGUUAAGUGGACUUGGAUGACAAUGUUAAUGAUUGUCAUUUAAUAUUCGUCAAUUUUUUCUAUUAUGAAUAAGAUAAUGAUAUUCCACACGUGACCACACUUUUAGAAUCUCAAUUUAGUGAUAUUAGGUAUAUAUAUAAGGAUAAUGCAUAACAUUUGUACAACAGUGAUAUUUAAACAAUUAUGAACAAAAGUUUAUAUCAACAUAAAUUCAGGAUGUUGGAAAAAACAUUGAACACAACCAUUAAUGUACCAUCUCAUCAAAAUGGUUCAGGAAGGGAUUUUUUUAACUGGAUAGCACAAAUCAAACUAUCCAAAAUUAUAAUAUUAGCUUGCACAAUUCUUUUUAUUGUGCCAUUACUUACACAUUAUUAUUUAUCAGAGGUAGAAUCUGUUUCUUCAGAUGCAGAUAUUUAUCGUACGUAUUCUUCGUUAGAAGUUUUUGAAGAAUUUACUUCUAUGAAGGCAUCAGAAUUAAAAAUGAGAAUAGAAGAGCUGUUACGCAUCAAAGCAUCAGUAACUAAUGAACUCAGAGAAUUGGGUGCCAAAAGACAUAGGCUACAAGUUGAAUUUACUGGUUUGACGCAAAGAAUAGAAGGUUUGAGACAAGAUUUGUUGCAUCAACAAAGAGAUCUCGAUAGACUAAAGAUUAGUGUAGAACAAGCGCAAGUAGCACAAAGAGAAGCUGUUGAAAGAAAUACACCUGAAUUAGCACCACCCAAAAGAAUAUUAAGAACAGUUAUUCCUGAAACAUUAGCUAGUACCGAUCCAAGAUCAUGUAGAAUGUAUAAUUGUUUUGAUCACAGUCGAUGUGCAUUGACCAGUGGUUUUCCAGUAUAUUUGUAUGAUCCUGAUCAAUUUUCUGUAGUCAACGCAGGAUGGGAUGUUGAUGGUUUUUUAAAGACAACUAUUAAACAGACUUUAGGUUACAAUCCGCAUCUUACAAGAAAUCCUGCAGAAGCAUGUAUUUAUGUGGUUUUAAUUGGAGAAGCGUUGUCAAUGCAAUCAAAAGGUUAUCCCAAAUUUUGGAGAGCAAUGGAUGUUAAUAAAUUAUAUGAUCUUCCAUAUUGGGGAGGGGAUGGUAGAAACCAUAUAUUGUUAAAUCUUGCACGUAGAGAUUUAUCGGUUAAUUCUGGAAGUAUUUCUGUUAAAAAAAAUACCAGCAGGGCCAUAAUAGUCCAAUCAACUUUUUAUAGAAAUCAAUUUCGCGAAGGUUUUGAUUUAAUCAUUCCUCCAAUUUUGGGUCCACCUGGUGGUGAUGUUUGGCAAGAUUGUGCGCAGAUGUUACCUGCAAGGAGAAAAUAUUUAUUAUCAUUUCAAGGAGAGAUGAAAGGUUUCAAGAGUCCUUUUACUACAUUCAUUCAGAAUAACGAUACAGAAGUAGACUUGGAAAAAUUGAAUAUGGAUGAAAAUAAUUUAGAUACCUUUAUUAUACAACAUUUAAAGGAUAUGAGUAGUGGAACUACUCUGGAUAAAUUUUUCAUCCAAUUUGAAUGUAUACCAGCAUCGGAAGAAAGGAAAACCGUUGAAGUGCUUGAUUGGUCUCUCUGUGGAACUGAUUCUUCAAGAAGAUCUAUAUUAAAGGAAUCUACAUUUGCUUUGAUUUUAGCACCAACCGACUCUUCUUUGAUAACCACGUCUUCUAUACAGGCACGAUUAUACGAAGCCUUAAGAUCUGGAGCAAUACCAGUUAUUUUAGGUGGUGAUCAAAUUUUACUUAGUUAUAACGAAGUCAUUGCUUGGCGUAAAGCAAUUAUUUUUUUACCCAAAGCUAGAGUAACGGAAAUGCACUUUUUCUUGCGUGCUAUACCAGACAGCGAUUUAUUAACAAUGCGCAGACAAGGUAGAUUAAUAUGGGAACAUUAUUUAAGCACCGCUCAAGCUGUUGUAGAUUCUAUUAUCGCAACUGUUAGAGACAGACUCGGUAUACCUCCGUUACCUGCACCGCAAGCUGCUAGUCCAAGUGUCUUUAAUGAAAGCUUUGUGCCUUUAAAAGCUGAUACUACAAUAGCUGAACCAGAAGCAGAAGAAAGUUUGGGUCCUUUAGAACCACCAUAUGCCUCACCUUCUUUUAAAAGAAAUUAUACAACAAUGUUAAUACAAGGCCAUGAAAUUUGGAACGAUUGGAUGAAUCCUUUCAAUCUUUAUCCGCAAUUACCAUUCGACACGAUAUUACCUAGUGAUGCCAAAUUCUUGGGAUCUGAUACGGGAUUUAGACCGAUCGGCAAAGGUUCUGGUGGUGCAGGUAAAGAAUUUAGCGAAGCUUUAGGUGGAAAUUAUCCUAGGGAACAAUUUACUAUAGUUAUGCUCACUUACGAAAGAGAACAAGUUUUAAUUAAUUCAUUAGCGAGACUUUAUGGUUUGCCAUACUUGAAUAAAGUUCUUGUCGUAUGGAAUAGUCCUAAACCACCCGUAGAAGAUUUGAAAUGGCCAGAUAUUGGAGUUCCUAUACAUGUAAUCAAAGCUUCAAGAAAUAGUUUAAACAAUAGAUUUCUUCCAUUUGAUGCGAUUGAAACUGAAGCUGUUUUAUCCAUUGACGAUGAUGCUCAUCUCAGACAUGAUGAAAUUAUGUUUGGUUUUAGGGUGUGGAGAGAACACAGGGAUCGAGUUGUUGGCUUUCCUGGUAGAUUUCAUGCAUGGGAUCCAAAUUUCCAUAAUGCAUGGAAUUACAAUUCCAAUUAUUCUUGCGAAUUGUCAAUGGUUUUAACAGGUGCUGCUUUUAUACACAAACAUUAUACAUAUUUGUAUACGUAUUGGUUGCCACAAGCAAUACGAGAUAAGGUCGACGAGUAUAUGAACUGUGAAGAUAUAGCUAUGAACUUUUUAAUAUCUCAUAUUACUAGGAAACCACCUGUUAAGGUAACAUCUCGAUGGACGUUUAGGUGUCCUGGUUGUCCUGUUUCACUGUCGGAAGAUGAUACACAUUUUCAAGAAAGACACAAGUGCAUUAAUUUCUUUUCUCAGGUAUUUGGAUACAUGCCACUUUUAAAUACACAAUAUCGUGCUGAUUCAAUAUUGUUUAAAACAAGAAUACCUCACGAUAAACAAAAAUGUUUUAAAUUUAUAUAAUAGAAUUUUGGAAUAUCAUUUUAAAAGCUUCUGUAGAUAUACACGUACAACACGCAUAGUCAUAUAUCAUUCAUUACACAUUACAUUAAUGAAUAUAUUUGAAUUUUGUUGUUUAAAAUUACUUUUCUUUAGAAAAGUUGUGAG